AUGAAGAAGGAUAUGAUUACAGAGAUCUUGGCAUAUGAACAGGACGACAGGGGAUACGUACUGGAUGGCCUAAAGGACAAAACGUUUAAAGCUAUUUUGAGCAAAAAUGAAAAUAAAAUAUGCUUUGACUGCGGUAAACAUAGACAAUUAGGGACGCACAUAUCAUUUGUGCGAUCAACAGGAAUGGAUAAAUUUACAGCAAAGCAGUUGGUUAGGAUGUGUCUGGGAGGAAAUUUAAAGGCAAGUGAAUUUUUAAAAAUGAACAAUAACAGUAGCAUGAUUGAUUAUUCAUCUCAUGCGUGUUUGAAAUAUAAAAUGUAUUUGGACGGCCAGCUGGAGGAGGCAUUGUUAACACAUGGCAGUGAAGAAAAAGACCGCAAUGAUGGGGCGGAUCCGCAUGGCGGCAACGUCAGCCAGAUGAAUAGCUUAACCGGUGCGAAGCCUCUAAUCGAUUUGGUUAGCGACGACGCGAGGAAGAUAGAGGGUCCAAAUGAGCUCCCAGGGGUAGAAGCGAACGAGAGUGGCGGCGCUUUUCCGAGUCGCGGUCAGGUCAGCGGCCAUAUCAGUGGUGGUAACCCCAGCGGAAACCUCGCACCGACACAUCUGAUCGAAGAAAAAAUGAUAUACAACAACUGCAACAAAAAUUUCAAGGCCAAAAAAAUCGACAUAAACUUUGAUGACACGAUAUUUGAGCACAGUGGGAAGGGGAAUGUAAGGGACGGGAGGAACGCACACCCCGGUGUUAGCAACGAGGCGUUUAGCAUGCAUGGAGGAAGUGGCGCUGUUGGUUAUGGCGGUGUGCAGGGUUUCAGCAAGAACGAGAGCGCAAUGGGAGGAUAUGACAUGAGGUGUACCUCCGGAAUGGAUUUAUCUUACGGAGGAGGUCGCUCCGUCGCAGGAAAUAACCCCAUGGGCAGUAGUAGCAUUAACGGCAACAGCCAUUUUAAUCCAACAAGUGAUUCCAAGUUAAACAAAUUUAAAGACUGUAAGAGCAUACGUUCGGAUCAGUACUUCUAUGAUGAGAGGCACCAAAAUGAUGACGACGUCAUACGAAAUGUACAUAUAACGAAUAGCAUUUCGUCUGACCAGUAUUUUAAUAGAAGUGUUAAUAACAGGAAGGGGGUGUGGAAUUUGGAUGAACAGACGAUUCAGAAUUUGCAGGGCCUUAAGGUGACUGCACAGGAGGGCCUGUCGAAUAUCGUUGCGGCUGGCAAUGAGGUGUUUCUGAAGGCCAAGGAGUGGUUCAAUAAUUAG